UAUCUUCUUGCCUAAGCUUCCUUGCAGUUCACUACGAUGGAGAGUGGCGAAACUUUGAAUGCUCUGCGAUCAUAUGGCUUUCGGGAAAAUGAAGUGGUGGAUAUCUUCUCAUUUUUAUCUAGAAAUUUGGCAUUUCUCAGACUCAUCAACUUCUCCGUUGUCAGUUUAGCAAUGGGGUCAACAAAAAGAAAUAGUUGGGAGGAGGAAUACUUUGUCAUGAAAGAGAAAGGGGAGAUUGGAUUUAUUGAUUUUGAUGAGGAUCAGUCCAUAACGAGUUAUAACCUAAGGGAUGAGGGACCAGUGAGUAUAUCCAUUCCAUUUCCUCUUGUUCAAGGGAAGCCCCAGUCAGUUGUGGUUGGAGAAACUGCAAAGUGCUCAAUCACAUUGCAGAACACUACUAGUGACUCAGUUGAACUUUGGGAGAUCAAAAUAUAUGCCUCAAAUCCUGAAAAUACAUUCACUUUGUCUCUUAUUGAACCACCGGCUCCCAACUGCUUGGAGUUAUAUUCUCUUGAGGAUAGAGUUCUUGAGCCCCAUGAUACUUUAACAAUUUGGUUAUCUUGCAAACCAAAGGAGAUUGGUUUGCAUACGUCCGUGGUGCAUUUUGAGAUGAAUGAUGAUAGAUUUGAACGCAUGGUAUUUCUGUUAGCUGAGGAUGCAGUCUCCCAAUCACUGGUGUCAAGCAGACCAUAUUUAAGAGAUCCAAGACGCAAACAGUUUGCUGUUGAUAAAUAUGUGAGCAGCCCUCGUCCAGCUACAGCUACACAUCAAGGAUUGAAGCACAAGCUUCCUGAAUAUCCAAUUCCAGCAGAUAUCAGGGAGUUGAUAGAGAACAAGGAAACUCCUGAGGUUGUCACACAAGAGUUAGGCAAGGAGAACUAUGUUUCUUUCUUCAGUACCCUGCUUAUAAUGGAGGAGCUGGAAUUAGAGAGAGAAAUGAGGAACUACACCAUGAAUUCUGUCACCAUGAAGAAAAAAGGAACUUGGCUCCUGGCUCUUGAGAUCCCUGGGCUCGCAGAAAAGAGGCCGUCACUUUUACCUGGUGAUCAUGUUUUUGUGAAGCAUGCCUCCAAAUAUUUCGAUACCAACUAUGUAUACCAGGGUUUCAUUUAUCAUGUUGAAGCUGAUGAAGUAGUCUUGAGAUUUGCCGAUGAAUUUCACGGACACCAUAGAAAUGGGAAUUUAUUUGAUGUCUCCUUCACUUAUAAUAGGGUGAACAUGAGGAGACAAUAUCAAGCUCUCCAAGCAGCAGCUACUUUAGAUGUUGAUAUUCUUUUUUCAUCUCAAUUAACAGAAAGGAGAUUUGUUAAGACAGUACCAUUUACUUCAUUCACUGGUUUCCUAAAUGAGGAGCAGAAGCAAGCAAUUAAGAUGAUCACUGGAUGCAAAGGUGCUCCUCCUUAUGUGAUUUAUGGACCCCCUGGUACAGGAAAAACAAGGACUUUGGUGGAAGCAAUCUUACAGAUAUAUGAAACAAGAAAGAAUAGUUACACUCUUGUCUGUGCUCCAUCAAACAGUGCAGCAGAUCACAUAUUAGAGAAGCUUAUUAGCACCGAGGCAGUUCAGGUUAGAGACACUGAAAUCUUUAGGUUAAAUGCCACCAGCCGUGCUUAUGAUGAUGUUCAACCUGCGCACAUUCGGUUUUGCGUCUUUGAGGAUUCCAUUUUCAGAUGUCCUCCACUCAUGGCAUUAAAACAUUACAGGAUUAUCAUUUCUACUUAUAUGAGUUCAUCUUUACUUUAUGCACAAGGCCUAAAGCGUGGUCAUUUCUCCCACAUUUUCUUAGAUGAGGCUGGCCAAGCUUCGGAGCCAGAAAGCAUGGUACCAAUAUCCAAUUUUUGUGGAAGGCAAACAGUUGUUAUUAUUGCAGGAGAUCCAAAGCAGCUAGGUCCUGUAUCAAACUCAAAAACUGCAGAGACCUUUGGACUGGGAAAAUCCUAUCUUGAAAGGCUGUUUGAAAGCGAUCUUUAUGGAAAUGGAGAUGAAUUUUUUGUCACAAACUUGGUGAGGAACUAUCGUUGCCAUCCUGCAAUCCUGGACCUUCCGUCAAAGCUUUUCUAUAAAGGGGAGUUGCUUGCAUGUAAAGAAAAUGCUUCUGCAUCUGCAACAUAUUCCUUGGAUUUCAUGCCAAACAAAGAAUUUCCUGUUCUGUUCUUUGGUAUUCAAGGUUUAGAUGAGAGGGAGGGAAAUAAUCCAUCAUGGUUUAAUCGAAUAGAGGCAAGCAAAGUUGUCAAUAUCGUAAAAGAACUCAUGGCAAGUGCGGAUUUAAGGGAGGCAGAUAUUGGGGUUAUAGCACCUUAUCGUCAACAGGUGCUCAAAAUCAAGAGGGUACUUGAGUCAUGGGAAAUGCAUGAUAUUAAGGUAGGCAGUGUUGAGCAGUUUCAAGGACAGGAAAGAGAGGUCAUUGUCAUAUCUACUGUCAGGUCAACUGUGAAGCAUGAUGAAUAUGACAAAACCUUCUAUUUGGGUUUUCUUAGCAACCCAAAGAGAUUUAAUGUUGCAAUUACCCGUGCCAAGUCCUUGCUUAUAAUUGUCGGAAAUCCACACAUUGUUUGUAAGGAUUUUCACUGGAACAAGCUUCUAUGGUAUUGUGCUGAUAACAACUCGUACCAAGGCUGCCCUCUUCCUGAAAGGAAAGAGUUGGUUGAUGAGUCAAUUCCGAUACAUUCUUCGGAUCCGGAUCAGCAAUUUCCUUCAGAAACGACUCUGCAGCCAGCGGUGGAUGAAUCUGAGUUUUCCGAUGGUUGGAAAUAAAUUUGUUAGAACUUUUUUUUUUUUUCUCUCGAAUUCCUUGUCUUACUCUCCUUUCUGUCAGGAUAGUAAGUACAUCUUCUGGAAUAGUUGCUCUCUUUUUGGUAUAUGUACUCUAUAUCUCCAUAGCAUGAGAUGAAUGGUUCUGAUUUGGGUUUAUUGAGAAGUAAAACUGAUGAUGUUGUAAUGGAGGAGAUCACUUCAUCUGAUGUCUAUUACUCCAUUUAUUGUUGUAAAAGAUUGUUUGCUGAAGGUGGAAUCAGAACUCACCACCAUUAGGAGAUGUUGGAAAAAUCUGUUUGGUUGA